AUGGUGACCAAUAUCAAGUUGACCGUUUUCGAUGAACAGGGAGGCUUAUGGUGUUUUGGGGGGAAUGGGCUUCCUUAUGCACAGAGCCUAAGCUCUGUUCCAUCUGAGAAGGUUGAAUCAUUUUGUCUUCAAGCACUAGCCAAACAUUCUAAGGUUCCAAGCCACUGUGACAAGAUUGUAAUGAAUGGAGGUCUGCAGUUGCUUCAGAAAAUAUAUCAGCUGCGUCAAGAUUCUCCAAAAAUUCAAAGAAAUAUCAUUCGAACAAUUGGAAAUUUGGCUUUACAUGAACAUCUUCACUCAGCUGUGGCACAGUCAGGAUGGAUCGGUGUACUUGCUGAAGGAAUGAAAUCACCACAUGUUAUUCAGGCUUCACAUGCGGCCAGAGCUUUAGCUAAUUUUGACAGGGACACCGUGAAAGAAAAGUAUGAGGAUGGAGUAUAUAUUCUUCAUCCUCAGUAUAGAACCAGUGAGCCAAUCAAAGCAGAUGUUCUUUUUAUCCAUGGUCUGCUGGGGGCAGCUUUCAAAACAUGGCGACAGAAGGACCAAAGUGAUAUGGAGGAUAAGGAUGCUAAUUACACAGAAUGUUGGCCAAAGACUUGGUUGGCUGCAGACUGCCCCAGUCUCAGGAUAUUGUCAGUGGAGUAUGACAGCCACCUUAGCGACUGGAGAUCUAAGUGCCCUGUGGAGAAUGAAAGGAAAUCCAUGGCUUACAGGGGUCGGGAACUGUUGACUAAACUGAAAGCUGCAGGUGUUGGGGAUAGGCCAGUGGUGUGGGUAGCACAUAGUAUGGGAGGCUUGCUAGUCAAAAAGAUGCUUUUAGAUGCUUCAGAGGAUCCUGAAAUGAGGUCAGUGGUUCAGAAUACUCGAGGGAUUGUAUUUUACAGUGUACCUCAUCGUGGAUCACGCUUAGCAGAGUACUCUGUCAGUGCCCGUUUUCUGCUGUUUCCCUCUGUUGAAGUCAAAGAACUUAGUAAGGAUUCACCUGCUUUGAGAGAGCUGAACGACAAUUUCACCAGACUCAUACAGGAACACAAUGUCAACAUAUUGAGCUUUGGAGAAAUGUUACCAACAUACAUCGGCAGCAUGAUAAAACUGCAUGUGGUGCCUCCAACUUCAGCAGACUUGGGAUUUGGGGAUUUUAUUCCCUUGAAUGUUAAUCAUCUAAACAUUUGCAAACCUGGAAGCAGAAAUUCCUUCCUUUACCAAUGGAGUCUGAAAUUUAUAAAAGAUUCUCUGGAAAAAGAAUUCAAAAGGUGAAUCAUUGUCUCACCAAACUGCCAUUGUUUUGACUUUAAUAAGCACUCCUACUUUACGCGGUGCUUUAUUGCACUGAUUUUCCCAUCCAAACAAGAUUUUGAAAAAAGCCAGGGUGAAGUACAUUUUAAGAUUCUUAAAAAUGUCUGUAUUUAAUAACUGAGGCAAUAUGCCUUUAUAUGAUUAUCGUGGAUUGAUUAAAGACAGACUGGUUGUGCUUAAACAUCUAUUUUAUGGAAAGGACAGUUUUAAAUGAUUGUUUAAAUCGAUAUGUUUAACAAAACUAAUGUUAUUCAUUAAUAGCAGUUUGUAACCAUUAAAUCAAUUUCACUUUGUUCUUUGAUUUUAUAAGAAAGGUAACCCUCCUGUUUUACAAUAAUCCCAAAACUGCAUUAAUGAAAUUUGCACAAUAAAUGCCACUUACUAUUUUUGUUGUGUCUAAUAAUGGGACCAUGGUACAUCACAAUUAUUCAAUGAAUGGCACAAUGUUAACGUGCUGUGUAUGUUGGGUUGUCAUAUCAAGACGAAACAAAUGAAGGUCCGCUUUGUGACCAAACAUCUGAACACAAGAAGUCAUUGCAAAUGUUUUUGUUCCCAGUGGAUGAUGCUCUCACAACACUGGUUUUCAAAAAAAAGUCGUUAAAGACAUUCAAAGACUAGGGCACGUUUUUGAAGAUUCUUUUAAGAGAGAAAUGCAAAGUGAGAUGAAACAGUAAAAAAAUGUUAUGCUUGUGGAUUGUUAUUAUGUCAUUUACUAAAUUUAUGUUAUGAUCUAGUUAGGGACUUCUUUAGCCUGCAAAUAGUUAUCAAGCAAACAAAACUCAAACUUCGAAUGCCCCACUGACUGUUUACCAUCCAGCAGCUCCUUUCCUUCAGAGACAGCAGCACAAUAACUUGCACACAGGGUCCACAGAGCGGUCAAGCUCCAAUCUCUUGGUUGCACUGAACUUCGACUCCUUAUUGCCAUAUCUAAUUGUCUAAUAAAAAAACGGAGUGAAAACUGA